UCCCCUUCAGGCUCCUUCCCGCUGCUUCUCCCGCCACCUUCCCCCCUACCCCGCCCGCCUCGCGUUCAGAAAGCUCCAAUCAGGAGCUCGGGAGGUGUCUAGAAAGCCCGCCCCCUCCUCCCUUUCCACUUCUCUUACCCCCCUUUUCUCCCUCCCCCACCCCCCCCACUCAAGUCCUGCGGACCUGGGGGCUUUGGGAUCUGGGCGCUAUGAAAAGUGUCUGCCCAGUCACUUCCGGUUUUUCUUCCCCCAAUCCCUCAGCUGCUGCUGCUGCUCAGGAGGUCAGAUCUGCCACUGAUGGUAAUACCAGCACCACUCCGCCCACCUCUGCCAAGAAGAGAAAGUUAAACAGCAGCAGCAGUAGCGGCAGUAAUAGUAGUAACGAGAGAGAAGACUUUGAUUCCACCUCUUCCUCUUCCACUCCUCCUUUACAACCCAGGGAUUCGGCAUCCCCUUCAACCUCGUCCUUCUGCCUGGGGGUUUCAGUGGCUACUUCCAGCCACGUACCGAUACAGAAGAAGCUGCGUUUUGAAGACACCCUGGAGUUUGUAGGGUUUGAUGCGAAGAUGGCUGAGGAAUCCUCCUCUUCUUCCUCCUCAUCUUCACCAACUGCUGCAACAUCUCAGCAGCAGCAACUUAAAAAUAAGAGUAUAUUAAUCUCUUCUGUGGCUUCGGUGCAUCAUGCAAACGGCCUAGCCAAAUCUUCUACCACCACUUCUAGCUUUGCUAACAGCAAGCCUGGCUCUGCUAAGAAGUUAGUGAUCAAGAACUUUAAAGAUAAGCCUAAAUUACCAGAGAACUACACAGAUGAAACAUGGCAGAAACUGAAAGAAGCGGUGGAAGCUAUCCAGAAUAGUACUUCGAUUAAGUACAAUUUAGAAGAACUCUAUCAGGCUGUGGAAAAUCUCUGUUCCUACAAGAUUUCUGCAAACUUGUACAAACAGCUGAGACAGAUUUGUGAAGAUCACAUCAAAGCACAAAUUCAUCAGUUCAGAGAGGAUUCAUUGGAUAGUGUUCUUUUUCUAAAGAAGAUUGAUAGAUGCUGGCAAAACCACUGCAGACAAAUGAUCAUGAUUAGAAGCAUUUUUUUGUUUCUGGAUAGAACUUACGUUCUUCAGAAUUCAAUGCUACCCUCGAUUUGGGACAUGGGACUAGAGUUAUUUAGGGCUCAUAUUAUAAGUGAUCAGAAAGUCCAGAAUAAGACAAUUGAUGGCAUUCUUCUCUUGAUUGAGAGGGAAAGGAAUGGUGAAGCAAUUGAUAGAAGUUUACUCCGAAGCCUUUUGAGUAUGCUGUCUGACUUGCAAAUUUAUCAGGAUUCUUUUGAACAACGGUUUUUGGAAGAAACUAACCGGCUCUAUGCAGCUGAAGGCCAAAAAUUAAUGCAGGAAAGAGAGGUUCCUGAAUAUCUUCAUCAUGUUAACAAACGUCUAGAAGAAGAAGCAGACAGACUUAUUACUUACUUAGAUCAGACCACCCAGAAGUCCUUAAUUGCUACUGUAGAAAAGCAACUUCUAGGUGAACACUUAACAGCAAUUCUUCAGAAAGGUUUAAAUAACCUCCUUGAUGAAAACCGAAUUCAAGAUUUAUCUCUCCUGUAUCAGCUCUUUAGUAGAGUUCGAGGUGGAGUUCAGGUUCUCUUGCAACAGUGGAUUGAAUACAUUAAGGCAUUUGGCAGCACUAUUGUAAUUAAUCCUGAAAAAGAUAAAACCAUGGUUCAAGAAUUACUGGAUUUUAAAGAUAAGGUUGACCAUAUAAUUGAUAUUUGUUUUCUGAAAAAUGAAAAAUUCAUCAAUGCCAUGAAAGAAGCAUUUGAGACAUUCAUUAACAAAAGACCAAACAAACCUGCUGAACUUAUAGCUAAGUAUGUAGAUUCAAAGCUUCGCGCAGGCAACAAAGAAGCUACAGAUGAAGAACUUGAAAAAAUGUUGGAUAAAAUUAUGAUCAUAUUUAGAUUUAUCUAUGGUAAGGAUGUUUUUGAGGCCUUCUAUAAGAAAGAUUUAGCCAAGCGCCUGUUAGUUGGGAAAAGUGCAUCUGUAGAUGCUGAAAAAUCAAUGUUGUCCAAACUUAAACAUGAAUGUGGAGCUGCUUUCACCAGCAAACUUGAAGGAAUGUUUAAAGACAUGGAACUUUCUAAAGACAUCAUGAUUCAGUUCAAACAGGUAAAAUAUAUGCAAAACCAGAAUGUACCUGGGAAUAUUGAAUUAACUGUGAAUAUCCUGACAAUGGGUUAUUGGCCAACAUAUGUGCCUAUGGAAGUCCACUUACCACCAGAGAUGGUAAAACUUCAGGAGAUUUUCAAGACAUUUUACCUAGGCAAACAUAGCGGCAGGAAACUUCAGUGGCAGUCAACCCUAGGACACUGUGUGCUAAAGGCAGAAUUUAAAGAGGGUAAAAAAGAACUCCAGGUCUCUCUCUUUCAAACCCUGGUGCUGCUAAUGUUUAAUGAGGGAGAGGAGUUCAGUUUAGAAGAGAUCAAGCAGGCUACUGGAAUAGAGGAUGGAGAAUUAAGGAGAACACUGCAGUCAUUGGCCUGUGGCAAAGCUAGAGUUCUGGCAAAAAAUCCAAAGGGCAAAGAUAUUGAAGAUGGUGACAAGUUCAUUUGUAAUGAUGAUUUCAAACACAAACUUUUCAGGAUAAAGAUCAAUCAAAUCCAGAUGAAAGAAACGGUUGAAGAACAAGCAAGCACUACAGAAAGAGUAUUUCAGGACAGACAGUACCAAAUUGAUGCUGCAAUUGUUCGAAUCAUGAAGAUGAGAAAGACGCUUAGCCACAAUCUUCUUGUUUCAGAAGUGUACAACCAGUUGAAAUUUCCAGUAAAGCCUGCUGAUCUUAAGAAGAGAAUAGAAUCCUUAAUUGAUCGGGAUUACAUGGAAAGAGAUAAAGAAAAUCCAAACCAAUACAAUUAUAUUGCAUAAACAUUGGCCUCUGAGUAUUUGGUAUCAUAUACAGUAGCAGUGGAUAAACUAACCUGUUGAUCCUAUAUUAUUUGACUUCUUUUAUACUACCAAUGACCAAAUGAAGCAGUGUAAUGGAAAUAGUUGAGUCGACUUUUUCAGUGGUUAACAUGCCCAUUUAAAGAGUUAAUACUUAACCUUUAAGAAGAAUGUUGUUGAACUCUUUGCAUGUUAUUUAGUAUGAUGUGCAGAAAAUUCUUAAGAAAGUACCUGGUCUUCAUGAUUCCUCUUUGGAACUGGGGAAGAGGUCCCUAAGGCUAUUAAAAAAAAAGAGGGGGGGUUCUUAUACACCAUUAAUUAUGAAGCAAAAGGUUUAUUUGCUUAAAAUGUCAUUUAAAGAUACUUAAACUGCAUGCAAACUUUAUUUACUGUACAGAGUUCUGGAUGUAUUUAUCAAAUAGAAAAACCACCCUGGACUUGGUUGUUCACAUGUUUUGUGAUUUCCCUUGAAAAGAAAAAGAAGUUGUCGUACCUAUUGAUAUUUUACUAAGUAAUGUUCUGUUACACUGAAAGGGAUGUUUAAAAAAAACUUAUUUGGAAACAAGUUUUCAAGUAGAGGGACAGUUGCUUAUGUAAUCUCUUGUAUAUACACAUCCUAAGGUGUUCCAUCUAUGACUGUGGGAUGUGUGUAUAUGGCUUAGCCCUGAGUUUACUGUUCUGAUUAACAGGUACUUAUAAAAAUAGCUGAAAUAGAAAAUUGCUGAUCAGCUGUACUGGAAGAUAUGGUAAGAGAGAAAAAAAAUCCAACUCGUCAUAUGAAAAGUGAAUACAAUAUGAACAUUGCAAAAGAGACCAAAACCCAUGUGUUUUGUAAAUUUUUACAGAAGCAAAAAUCAUCAACUAGUUUUCAACUUCCUUUAGACUUUAAUGUUGUUUGGACAGUUUUAUCUUUAACUUGGACCAAUUGUUAGAUUGUUACAGGCUUCCUAGGAUUUAGCAUUCCUAUUUUCUCUACCAAAGUUUUUUUGGGAAGCACCCCAACUCCUUUUUGUUGCUAAAUAAACCUUUCAUCCUUCUUCUGACUUCCUAAAGAUCUAGAUAUAAAGGUCCUCUCCCUUUGUUUUCCCUAUAUACCUCCUAGUCAGGAAUUCCAAAAUCUGUAUUAUGUUCAUCUUACUCCUUUCAAAAUUUCUUGAAGAGUUCUCAUAGCCAGCCACUGGACAUCUACUUUUCAGGGGAAUGUCCUAGGAUUGUUCAUACAUAGAAAAUAGCAAAAGUAUUGUUAUUCAAAUUGGUAAUGUGAGUAAAAAGGCUUCUCUGUA